AUGCAAGUGACGUCGGGCAAUGUACUCGUCUACGAAAUGAAGUUUUCCAUACCGGAAUGCGGAACCGUCAGUGAAGCACUAUACAAGAUCAUCCAGCUCUUAGAUAUUGUACCCAUUUGCGAAGUGGUUGAUCAGAUGGUUUCAUUUAUGGAUUGGAACAGGAGCUACACUUACAUUGGAUUUCAAAAUUUAGAAAAGAGAGAAACGUUGGAGAUUGAGUGUCCAUCAAAUGACAGCCGUCAGGAAGUCACGAUUCCAUGUAGGGGCGAGUACGAAAAUACUACCACAAUCCCCAUCUAUUCCACAGGAGUUACACAGCCAAGUGCAUCUAUUUCGGAAAUUACGACACUGGUUUCCUGUGGUACAAUUUGGAUCAGAACUUUUGGAAUUAUCGCGAUCCUCCCAUCUUCUUCCUUAUUCAUCAAUGUUUUCUUCUUGUGA